AUAGUACUGGUAACACUAACUGUGUCGGGGUGCAAAAUUCAUUCUACUCAUUUCAACAAAAAAGGGAGUUUUUUGUUAGUUUUUUGGAAAACAAGACGUUGAAAAUUCUUUAAGAACAAAACCAAAAAUAAAUAUUUUAUAAUAAAAAAUGGCUCCUACUGCAGGUACAGUACCCCCACCAGUUUCUUGGGCCCAAAGAGCUGAUUUGCUCUAUGUCAUUAUCGAUGUAGAAUGCAAAGACAUUGAGCACAGUGUUACGGAGAAUAGUUUUACAUUCAAGGGCACCAAUGCUUUGGAAACCGAUAAAAAAUACGAAGUCACAUUGAACUUUUUACAUCCCGUUAAUCCCGAAAAAGUGACGAGUAAAAAUAUUGGCCGAUGCGUCGAAUUUACAAUUUACAAAAAAGAAUCGGGUCCCUACUGGAAAUCACUAACCAAUGACAAAACCAAAUUGCACUUCCUCAAAGCUAACUUUACCAAAUGGAAAAAUGAAUCUGAUGAUGAAGAUGAUGUUGGCGGUGACAACUUUAUGUUCAAUGACAUGCUUAAAGGCGGUGAUAUGGCCAACAGAUUUGAUGACUUCAAUGUCGAUGAUGAUGAUGACUCAGACGAUAAUAUUCCCAGUCUAUCACAGAAUGACGAAGAUGACGAAGACAAUAAGGAUGCGGAAAAGAAGGAUGAAGAGAAAUAGUUUAACAGCAACAAUGAAUGUUAAACGCCUAAUAAUCUAAACACUUUAUAUAUACAUAAAAAACCACAACAACAACUUCUAUUAAUAUUAAUAGCAUGAACAUUAAUUGCUUUUAAA